GCUCACUCCACCCACCGUAACAACAUGGCUGCUCCCAUAGAUUUAGAGCUGAAAAAGGCCUUUGCAGAGCUACAGGCUAAAAUGAUUGACACUCAACAGAAGGUGAAACUCGCAGACCUGCAAAUUGAUCAGCUUAAUCGCAUGAAGAAACAUGCAAACUUGACACAUGCAGAAAUAACUUCACUGCCCGACAGCACGCGCAUGUAUGAGGGAGUCGGACGCAUGUUCAUCUUGCAGCCUAAGAAUGAGAUCAACAAUCAGCUUUUGGAGAAACAGAAAACAGCAGAUGAAAAGAUCAAGGAGCUGGAGCAAAAGAAGACCUACCUAGAACGCAGUGUCAAAGAUGCUGAAGACAACAUUAGAGAAAUGUUAAUGUCCAGGAGGGCCCAAUGAAGAACAUUAACAUGCGCGCGCACACACACAAGCGCAUUUACAGUAAACCAUCCAUUUCGAGUUUAGUCAAUCAUUUUUGAAAUUCUUCACAUAAUUAACUGAAAUUCAAUUUGUUAUUUAUAAGCUUUGAGUGACACAUUGUAAGUCAAGUGAGUUUCAGUUUGACCCACAGGAUUUAGAAGACCAGUCUCCCGACACUUCUUCUCACGCGCUCAUUAUUAUGCACACCAAGAGAAUAAGUGAGACAUAUGUGGAUGGUUUCAGGGACUGUGGUGUAAAGCCACAGAUAUGUGACACUUCACUCCUACUCCCCAGGGUAUGACAUCACUCUCCUGACCUCUGGAGGAACUGUCAGAUCUCACCAUUCUAUAAUUGUCCAUUUUUUCGUUUUCAGUUUUCAUGUUACUGCCCGGGACGGUAUUGAUAGCCAAAUUUUUGUAAUAACAUUUGAUUUGUUAAAGUUGUUACUAACACAGCAAUACCACAUAAUAAAGGGAGAAUUGGA